AUGGUCCACGUCCGACUCAACGAGCGCGAGACCAAUCCCAACCCGCACAUCAACUUCAUAACCACCCUUCCCAUGCCAGACGCGGCGGACCAAGAGGACGCACGCCAGCUACUCCGCGCACUCGCUGCUCAGGUCCGGCCAGUCAUGAAAGCACAUGGCUUUGUAGUGAACAGCUUCGAAGAGUAUGAGUACAACAAAGUGUUCGCGGGCAGAAAUUGGAACAGUGGUGAAGUGGUGGAAUUGGUGCUCAGAGGUCCCAGUGGGUCCUUCCAGUCAUUAUCAUGGCUGAUGAGCACGUUAUGCCACGAGCACAUGAACCAUGGCCCUGCCUUCCAAGCGCUGUGGGCUAAGCUGCGCGCAGAAGUGAGAGCGCUGCAGAGCAAGGGAUACUACGGAGAUGGUUACUGGUCUUCUGGCACAAGACUAGCCGACUCCGCACGCGUCGGCGGUGGAACGCUUGACCCAGGAGACCUCCCAGAAAACAUGUGCGGCGGUGCCCAAGCACGCAAACGCCCAACCUCCCUCCGCCGCCGACGCAACCACCAGGCAGGCCCUUCCAACCACACGGGCGCCCAGACAGCCAAAAAGCGCAAAGCAGGCUCGCGGAUCACAGCAAUAGGCACGUUCCGGGGCUCCGGACAUGCCCUCAACGAGGACGCGAGCGACGAGGAGCAGAAAAAGUCCGGUGCGGGCUUCAGGAAGAAGGCGGGCAGCAAGCGCGCGAGGGAGGAGAGGGCGCUCGCGGCGGAGCGGAGACUCCUGGCGUUGCAGGGUGGGGCCGGACCGUCGACGCAGUCGCCGAAGGAUGAACCCGAGGAAGACGAGGAUAGCGACGUUGAGAUCGUGGAGGAGACGGACCAGGAGAGACGGCGUGCUAUGCUUGACGCAUCGACGCAAAACGACUUGGACGACAUGAAGAGUUCUCGCACUGACUUCUCGUCGGACUUCAUCUUCCCGCCAAUGUCAUCGGAUGACGAUGAAGGACCCUCGUGUGACAUACAAGUCUUACCACGCCCGAGUGCAACGGCUGCCUCCGGUACGGAGCCAUCAACGUCUCGCAAGGGCAAACAACGCGCUAGCCUGGAAGUGGUAGACCUGACGGAGGAGGAAACUGCGCGCCCAAGCAGCAAUUCAAACCCGCGAAAGAAGGCGAAACGAGAUAUGUCUUACGGCAACCUCAUCCAGGACGAGAUGAAACAGCGCAAGCUCGAAUCCCUCGGGCUGACAGGCAACGGCCAGCGCCUCGGUGGCGACCGGAAGGCUCCCACUCAACCGCACGCGAAGGCGAGCGGACCCGCGUCAGGAGCGAUGCGCAGCAGGAGCGGUCAACCGACUGGCCCUGAUCAGCACCAAGACAAAGACAGUCCGGAGUGGACGUGUCUCGUCUGCACAUUGUGA